ACACGCAUGCGUGGCGCGGGGGGUUGUGGGGUGAGCGAGGGAGUAAAAUGGCGGACCUGGCAAACGAAGAGAAACCUGCCAUAGCUCCACCUGUGUUUGUGUUCCAGAAAGAUAAAGCACAGAAGAGAUCGGCUGAGGGUUCCAGCCCAGAAGGUGGAGAAGAUUCAGACAAGGAUGAUGGCAAUUACUGUCCCCCUGUGAAACGAGAGAGAGCGUCAUCUCUAACGCAGUUUCCCCCCUCGCAUUCUGUGUCAAAGAACAAUGUGUUUAUGCCCUCAAGUUUCUGCCAGUCCCCAACAGGAAACUCCGACUCGGAACCUGAGGAGAAGACUGUUGGGUUUCGUCUGAAACCGCCUACCUUGAUCCAUGGCCAGGCACCAAGUACAGGUUAUCUUCCAGGUGUCCCAAGCCAGAAGCCUAAGGAGCAGCAUCGCAGCGUCCUUCGCCCAGCACUCUUGCAGGCCCCGCAGCCGAAGGCUUUCUCACAAUCUAGUUCCAGCAGUGGAACCAAUGGUGUAAAAAAGCUCCCUGAUUCCUCAUCUGAAGGUUCGUCUGCAUCCCAGAAUAACACAGAGGCCUCAGAAAGUGCAACAGCGGAAGCAUCAGGAGCUGCAGAGAACAAAAAGGAUGCGGAUGGCGUGAGCAGCGCCAACGAGGAUCACGCAGAGGAGAAGCAGCAGCGGGCACCUGAAUCAGACUUUGUGUUUGGGCAGAAUGUGGAAGAACGAGCAAAGGUUGAAAGCAGAGCUCCCUCUGUAAAUACAGGUGGUGGUUCCUCUGGUUCUAAAACAGCAUCAGGAGCAACAAACUACUUCCUGCAUUACAGCAGCACCUCCAGCACGCUGGGUUCUGCAAACAACAAAGACACAGAAGCAAAGUUUGUUUUUGGACAGAACAUGUACGAGAGAGUAUUGAGUCCCCCGAAGAGCAGUGACUCUGUUACCGAGAGUAGCAAGGAGAGUGCUGCUGGAUCGACCUCGGAGCCUUUCUCACUGGACGCCACUCCAGAGAAACCUAGCAGUGCUGUGAUCGAGUCUUUGGAAGAGUCUGCAGCAGCUUACACCAAGGCAACAGCAAAGAAGUGUUUGUUGGAGAAGGUCGAGGUUAUAACAGGAGAGGAGGCAGAGAGCAACGUGUUGCAGAUCCAGUGCAAGCUGUUUGUUUUUGACAAGAGCACCCAGACCUGGGUGGAAAGAGGCAGAGGGCUGCUGAGAUUAAAUGAUAUGGCAUCUACACAGGAUGGGACUUUACAGUCAAGAUUGGUUAUGCGGACGCAGGGCAGCCUGAGACUAAUUCUCAACACCAAGCUUUGGUCUCAGAUGCAGAUCGACAAAGCCAGUGAAAAGAGCAUUCGAAUCACAGCCAUGGACACAGAGGACCAGGGGGUGAAGGUCUUUCUGAUAUCGGCAAGCUCGAACGACACGGGCCAGCUGUAUGCAGCCUUGCACCACCGAAUCCAAGCGCUGAGGAGCCGGGCGGAACAGGAGCAGGAAACCAAGAGCGUUCCGGCUGAGCCCGAAGUGCCCCAGUUUAACGAGGAGGACAGCGACGAGGAUGAUAUCCUUGCUCCGGCAGGCUCCACCACAGCCAUUGGUUCUACAGAUCCAGGAGAAGCCCAGACUGGUGGAAGCACAUAGCGCCCCCUUCACCAGUCUGCUUGCAAGGUGGCUGCUGCUGUGGCAUCUUUGUUGCAGCAACUCUCUUUUUUUUUUUUGUUUUGGGGGGGGGAGGGGGGGGGUGGAAUAAUUUAGAAGUCCAGCUCCAGGAUGGACCCAGCACAGAUAGUGUUCAUUCAAUCUGUGCAACUCAGUUCUCUACAUUAAAGAAUCUGGAGUAGUUUUUUUUUUUUUUUUUUUUUUUUGCGAAGACUUUACGGCUUUGGUUUGGGACUUGGAAGCUCAUCAUAUUGAUGAGUGAGAGAGGCGAACGCGGUUUCCUCCUCUCCAGUAGACAUGGCACAUUUAAGACUACAGUUUUACCACGGGACCUUUAUAUUCAGUGCAAACCUCUGGAAUCUCGAUUUCCAAGAGGGCUUUUAAGUUUUUCUAGGAAUCUAGUCCCCUGACUAGCAACUUUUUGUUUUACUUUGUUACUCAUUUGUAAAAGGUUCUAGUGUUCAGUUCCAUUGUCUGCGGAAUCAAUCUCUCCACUGACCUGCAUACAAACACACACUAGCCAUGGUUGUCUAGCAGACAGUUCAGUUGGCAGCAGUAGAAGUACCCUGUUACAUAUGAUACAAGUGUGCUCUGCUCUGUUGGGUCUACCACAGAGGUUUAGCAUAAAUAACUCCAGGAAAAAAAGUUUACAAAAGCUGAGGAGGCUGGUAUCCAUUAGCUGAGUUUUUGAUUGUGUGAGUGUAUGUGUUUUUUAAGAAACAAAUUCUUGAAACUAAAGCAUUCUACAACGUAUAGUUCUAUUUCCAAUAGGUUUUGGGGGUUUGUAUUGUGCUGACAUUAUUUUUUAUUCUUUUUUUUAAAAAAUUUCUUUGGAUAAUAAACUCUGGAGUGAUAAGAGUUUUUGAAAGAGAAAAAAAAAACGUGCUUUUUUUGUACACUUAUUGUAAUUGUUUUGCUUUCUCGGAAGGGCAGAUAGACUUGACUUGAAGGGUCAACAGGCUAUUGUAUAAAAUUCCACAAAUCUGUGGGGGCUCCCAAUCUCAUAAGAUUGCUGCAAUCUUGUAUCAAUAAAGCCUUGCAACAUUUUGCCAGUAUUACUAACAACGUUGUAAACCUGUAGCUGGCAGUAAACGAAGGUCAGCUGCAGAACCUCGGAAGUUCACUGCUUUCUACGCAAACAGCAGGAUUGUCAAGCUGUCUGAUGCAAAUUUGAAAAGGAACGCGGUGUCAACCACAUCACCCUUUAAGAGCAGACAAAGAGCUGCAUUGAAGUGAUUGCCCUGUAACAUCAGCAUUGUCACAUGCUUAUGCCUUCUGGCCCUCCAAUGAAAUUGAGCUUCUGUUGCAAAUGUCAACUCGGAAGGGGGUGGGGGAGAUAUUUUUAUUGUCUUUAAAAGCAAACCAAGCAGGAAGACCAGCUGAAUUGAUAAUCUGUUGCCUUUCAGUACAAAAUUGGUCUGCUUAGUUUAAAAAAUAAAUAAAUAAAUAAAAGCAUUUCUCCUGUUAUCCAGUCAAGUUUAGCAGCCCUUUUAACUUUGUUUGUCCCCUGUCCCCUCCCGCCCAGUCCCCCCCCCCAGUUGGAUUAGUAAACUAUACACUGUAAUAGUAGUGUGCUCCUCCUCAUCUUUCUCUUGUACUGCAGGAAGCCUUAGAAUUGGAAACACGUAUUUAAAAAAAAAAAAAAAAAUACCCUCAAGUGUGAUGUAUUGUUUGAAAAUGUAAAAAGCCCAGUUAAUAUGUAUAUUCUUGAACAGUGCACUGCCUCGACAGGCUGAUCUCCCGUUCUCUCUUUUUUCUUAUUUUUAAAAUUUUACAUUUUGGUAUUUUUCACUGCAUUGUUGCUGGGAGUUUUAGUGGUUCGUUUUCCCAUACUGAUAAGUAGGAAAAUGCAUAAGAGAACCCGACCAGUCGCAGGGUUCACAAAUGAAGGUAUGACCUUUCUCGUCUUGUACUGGGAAUGUACGUUCGGCGCUUCUGCCAUAGAUUUGGAUGUGAAGUAAAAAAAAUAAAUAAUUAUAUAUAAAUUCAAAUACCAAACUGGGAUAUUGUUAUGAUGACCAAAUAGCUAAUUGCAGUAUCAUUCAUUAUAUAUAUAUAUAUAUAUAUAUAUA